UUGGUUCAUGACAUCAUGGGCCAUGCCAGCUUAACUGUCUUGCCUCCGAAACACCUUUGUAUAUCCUGCGCGCCUCGUGCCCUCACACGUCGAGAAAGAAAUUGGAGAACAGGACACGGUCUCUCCCUGGAGAUGAACCCGCGAGGGGGGACAUUGGCCGCGAGCAGUCGUGAGGAAAGAUACUUAAGAAGAAGAGACAGAAUGGCAACGACAGAAAUGGCACCAAUCGCCAGAAUCCGAGAGACAGAUGUUGAAGAUAUGGGAAAUGGCAGUAACAACCCAAAUCAUGGAAUUGAUGAUGGCCUUGGAGGUGGCUUUGAUGGCGACAGCAAUCCAGGUCCCAGAAAUGGCUCUGGCCCCACUCCUGGCAGGGGCAGAGGUGGAUAUGCACCGGUACCAACAGACCCUGUCAAGCCUGGAAAGAAACCAGUAGAUGUGAACAUGUAUGCAACCAAGAAGACAGUUGCACAGGGAAUGAUGGACUUGGCACUACUCACAGCAAAUGCCAAUCAGCUGCGUUACGUGCUAGAAGCAGGGGAGAUUGGGAGAAAGGGCACUUACUACUAUGUCAAUAUUGUCCUCAUCUCCAUGAGUAUUAUUCUCCAGGUUAUGAUUGGGAUCGCACUGAUAUUCAUUGGGCGCUAUAAUGUGAGGGAUGCAGACCAUGCCCAAAAAGCAGACAGGAUCAACAACUGGGUUGUCCUUGGUGUGUUCCUCAUUACCACUGUCAAUGUUUUUAUUUCCUCUUUUGCAAUAGAGCCACUAGAAGGAGUUGACCCAGUCUUGCUGCGAACCAUAUCAGCUGAAAAAACAGUUGAAGGACUUUGAAAAUGACCCGCCCAUGAACCAAUACAUAUGAAAUUUAUUGGGUAAGGAUACUUUUUUCCAAGGCUGAAUCAUACUGAAUUAAGUUCUCAAAUGGAGUGUUUGUCAUAACAAAGUCGAAAUUUAUCUGAUGAGAGGUAACUGCUUAUAGGUUUUACUUUUAUAGAAAAAAAAAAUAGUUCACUGUUUCAGAGUUUUACAUAUACUACUUUGCAGUUAUUCUGCACCUACUUAUGUGCAUACAAAUAGGUACACACAUUUUUCAGCACAAAAGACAAAAAAUUGCAUCUAUAGUACCAUUUUGAACUAACUUUAUACAUGCAUUUUUAUCAUGUAACAUAACCCUAUAUAUAUGACAGUCUGUAGAGAUGUCAAACUGAUGUAGACAGACAGAUGUAGUCCAAACAGAAUUUUUUAUAAUGAAGUUAUGAAAUUACUUUUCUGCAAGAGGAAAUAUAUUUGUCUGUGAAAAACUGUCGACCAAACAAAAUCUGCCAGUGUCCUGUGAGUGGGUCUGCUUCCACUAAGCACUGAUAGUUGAUGUGACUACUGGCCAGACUGUGCUUUCAAACUCCUUUAAGAUUGUAGUCAAGUAUUAUGCUGUUGGAUGUGAAAUAAUAGCAAAAGGGUAAAAAACACUUGUAUACCUUUACUCAGAAACAGGGAACUUUCACAUUUGAUGUGAGCAUUUUUAUUAAUAGUCAAAAUAUUUUUUGAAAACAUCUAUAGAUUUUUUCUACAGGGAAAAGAAUGGAAGAAAGUUGAUGAAUAUAAAAAAUGGCUUCAUUUUGUGUUGCAGAUAAAAGGAAAGCAGAAAGUGAUGACUAGAUAUACUUUCAUUUCUAUGUUUCAGUGCAUAUUGUUCCUAAUUCUCUCUUAAAUUAUGCCAAAUAUAUAUAGUUAUAUAAUAUGCGCAAUGAAUUGGUUAUCAUUGAUCAGAGUUCAAUCUAAUAUUUACCUAGUUUAUGCGAUACCCCCCAAUAUUAAUUUUUAUUUAUUUAUUUAUUUUUAUUUCUCUUUUACUUUUAUGGAUAGUACAUACAUAGUACACUUCAUUCAGAAACAAAACCUCAUAAAUCUCAUUCAACAGCUUGAGAAUAUGCAUGUAGCAUGGAGGUACAACGGUAAGAAAUCUUGUGUUUUUUGAACUACUUGUUGAAUGAUACAUUUAUUUAGAAAGACUAAGAGUAAGUGACAUUUGGAGAACCAUUUUUAUGCAAGACUUCUUGUUUUGUGUUCCACUUUAUUUUUUAAAAAUCCACAAGCUUAAGGUACUUGCAGAAACUAAAUGUAGUUUUUGUAAGGUCUUUCGAAUUAUUUAACUGUGAUUUUGAAUUUUAGGAAACUUUAUGGAUGGAGUAACUUACCUAAGUAAAUGGAAUGUUUUUCUCUAUUAAGGUAGUUAGUUACCAGAGAUUCUGGUAUUUAGAUUUUCAUUGCUUUUUUUAGCACAUGGUCAGAUGUUGACAGGAAUUACUGCCUAUUUAUAAUAUUUAAAGAGAUCUGAUAUCUUAAUUAAUUCCUUUGGAAAACAUAGCCAUGGCUAGUCUUUGCUCAGCUUCUUCUAGAAAUGGAUAGUUAGUGUCUCAUUAUUAAUAAACUCUCUUCACAAGUUUCUUAUUCAUAAUGUUAUGAGCAUCAAAUGUUUGUAUAUAAUUGUUUACCUACACUUUAGUAUAUACAUAUGCAUUGUCAUACAUCUUAACCUAUGGGUCACAUAUUCAUGUACUGUCCACUGUUGUGUUUUGUUAAUAUUAUUUCACACAGAUGGCUCCACAAGUGUUAAACCACCAAGGAGUCAAUUAGUAAGGUGCCAUAGUGUCCACACAUGAUUUCCCCAUUCCUUGAAUUUUCUUUUUUUCUGAUGCCAUUAAUAUGGGUAUCAUUAUUAAUGACAUUUAUGAUUAUUAUAAGUUUUAAAUACCAAUAAUAAUGAAAAAAAAUCAUCUUUCCAAAAAUCAUGAAUAGGGGUAAACAAGUGAAAAAGACAGAUUUAACAGUUGUCUCCUUGUUAACUAAGCACUUGUGGUGCCACCAGUGUGUAAAGAUAAUUAAUCAAUUAAAAUUAUAGUGGACAUGGAAUGUAAACUAUGCCAUUUGUCACCAGUGGGUUAAUCUUAGAUUUUUGUUAUGAAAGUGCUUUGUAUUUUAUAUAAUGUAAAAGAAGGAAAAAACAUGCAUGAUGGAAGUAAUAUCAUACAUAUGUGUAUGUUAUACUUAUUGUAUUUCAUGCACACACAUUUGUUAUGGUAUAUCAUACUCUACUUUGUAGUGACAGUAAUGAGAAGCUUCCAGAUAAGAAUAAUGUAAGAAAUUCUUAUGAAGAUUUAUAAUGUAUGUAGAAAGUCAAAUUUGUGCCAUUUAAGGAUGAACUAUGAUAAUUAAUGGUAAUUUAUGGCUUUUUGGGGGAGGGAGGGGUUUAUUCCCUCAUAUGGUCCACUUAUAUAUUUAUUACCAUGUGCCACAAUUUUUAUUAGUGAUUUUUAAUACAGGUCAAACAUCAAGGUAAUCCUUCAGGGUUUUCUAAUAUAAUCUAGGAUGUUUAAUAUUUGUGCAAUAUUGAAGAAGGCCAAAAUACCAGCUCAUAUUUAUGAUUCAUAUGCUCAGAUAUAUCUUGACUGAAAUUUCAUUUUCUGCAACAGUAUCCGUCCGAAUAUAGAAACAACUUGCUCAGAAACAACUUACUGAUAAUAAACACAAGCAUUUUAGAUAAGCAGUAAAGAUUAAUGUAGCUUGCCAGGAUAGUUUCACGAACAUCCUGCAGCUUUGCUAUAUUUUCAGUCUCAACUUAAAAUCUAAUUUUUCAGAAGGUGGUAAAUAUAAUCACAGCUCCAAACAAGAUUCUAGCUUAACUUAGCAAAUAAGUUUAUAAUGCCCCUGAAACUAAUUUUCUCUGAUACAUUAAACUUUCUUGAGGAUUUGUGGUGUUGCAUUUGUCGAGAAUAUUGUAAUCAAUGCCUUUAGGUUUCAUUUUAUGUUCUUAAACAGAAAUAGUUAUGAUCAAAGCAAGUGAGAAUGUACAAAUGCCUUUCAUAUAUUUGAUAGAACUAGGAGUAUUUACUUCACAUAGUAACAAUGGUAGUAACAACAGAUUUUUCAUAGAUAAAGUAAUACUGAAUAUCUUUUAUAGCAUCAUGCAAAAAUAGUAUAAAGUGGGAGAUUUAAAUGCAGUAGUGGACAAGUGCCUUAACAGGUUAAUCAGUAAAAAAGUUACUGAAGUCAGUCAAACAAAAGGUGCCUGUAAUGAUCUGAACAAAUUCUCUUUGUAACCCUAGGAUGGAUAUUGCAAUAUUGCAUCCUUCCCGAACAAAGUGAGAUUUAUUUUUAGCUUGCUUGCUUUACGAAGUGUCUUUCAAUAUUUUGAAGAAGAAAAAAUGUAUUUGUGUAUUGUUAUUAUUUAUUUUUUCUUUAUUUUAAUGCAUUAAAAGUCUUCCUUUUGAUAUUGUAUAUGUAAAUUUAUCAUUUUGGUCGCAGAAUCUUUUAUAACCCUAUGAUGACAGGGCCUGAUUUAUUUGUGAUGUAAUAUUAUGCAACACUCAAGACUUUUUGGCUAGGCCUAAGCUGUGUACAGCCAGCCGACCCGCUACGAAUCAUGACCCAUAUACACAUCAUAGGUAGUUUCAUCUUGAUGGUUUAUAGUCUUACCCUUCACUAAAGGGUGAAAUCAGUAAUUAAGUUUGGUGUUCAGGUAUAUAUUUAUUAUUACAUUCAUUCACUUUCCCUUGUUAUUUUUCUCACCAUCCCUCGCCCACCCAACAUAUAUACACAUAUCUAUGCACAUAAACCAAAAAUAUUUCCACAUAAACAUACAAUCUAACCACCAGCAUAUUGAUUCAGUUUCCUACCCACAUAUAUAUCAAUCCACCGACCUCCCUACAGAACAAUUUAUGAAUGGAUCUGUUUUCAGCAAACCUACCUGCAUAUCAAUGCAUCUGCCCAUCUACCCACAUCCUACCCACCACCUAUUUCCCAACACAUUCAUUUGCUUACAGUUUGCCUUCCUACCCAUUAACCUACCCAACCACUUACCUACCUUCCCACCUACAUACAAGCUUACACAUAUAUAUAUGUACAUACCCACCCAAGUCUACCUACUUAGCGACUAUCUACCACCCCACCCACUGACGUAUGCGCUAAACUACUUACCUAGCUCUCUACAUGUCUACCUGUUUACCUACUUACCUACCUACCUACCUAUGUAGCUACCCAUUCCUUUUUCCCUCUUCCUUCAAAUCUAAUCCCAUUCUAGCUUCCUUCACCAACACAUUUCUCAUCUCUGGUUGUAUGGAAAAAGAUUUCUAAAGCUAUUUAUUUUGUGUUGUGUAUUUGUUUCUUUGUUGUUGUUUUCUAAAUUGUAUCUAUUCUUUGUAUUCUCAGAUAACUUUAUAUACUAAUCAUUAUACAGUUAUAAUAAUGUUUAGAGAUCUGUUUAUUUUAAAAUGACACGUUCUUGUAGUCUUCAGUAUAAAAAUGUUUUAUAUUAUUGCACUACAUGUAUUUACAUCAGCAAUAAAAUGCUACCUUUUCUUGCUA